GGAGGCGACAAUCCUAAAAUGGACACCACCUCUUUGACUGUGAGAUUUCAUAAUGCUUCAGAUUUCCCCCAUCUUGUAGUGCAAGUCAAUGAGCAGUUUCUCUCUGAGGACACACUUCCUGGAACCAUGGUGGCAGUAGCUAGAGCAGAAACAAACAGAGCUGGACCUAUAUCUUUUUAUUUGGCAUCUGGAAACAUUGGAGAUGUAUUUGAGCUGAAUGAGAAGACUGGUGAGAUAAUGGUGAAAGGAUCUUUGGAUUUUGAAAGCAACAAUGAUUUUCAUCUUUUAGUUGAAGCUAGAGACUCAGGUAUCCCACCUUUUUCCACUUAUGCUGAAACUUAUAUAAAUGUUAGUGAUGUAAAUGAUAACCCACCUGUUUUUACAAAGGAACAGUACAGGUGUGAGGUGUUUGAGAACUUAUCCAGUGGGUUGGGUAUGUGAUGUGGAAGCCACUGAUGUUGACUCUCAUGCAUACGGACAAGUACAGUAUACAAUUGUGUCUGGUAACCUAGAUGGCGCAUUUACAAUAGAUAAAACUCAUGGCAUUCUUAGAACUAAGAGGAGUUUGGACAGAGAAAAAAUACCAGAGUACCGACUCAUUAUUAAAGCAGAAGAUAUAGAUGACAGUCGGUACACUUCUACAGCAGUAGUAAAUAUUAUUGUUCUGGACACAAAUGAUCAUGCUCCUCGGUUCACUGAGAUAUUCUUUAUAGAGGUCUCUGAGGAUGCGUUAAUUGGCUUUCCGGUGAUUCGUGUGAGAGCCAUGGAUGAAGAUAUUGGUAUUAAUGCUAUCAUUUCAUAUUCUAUUGAAGACAGAACUAAGCCAAUACCUUUCAGUAUUGAUAGAAAUAGUGGAACAAUAUUUGUGCUGAGUCCUUUGGAUAGAGAGCUUGAAGACCAUUAUAUUGUAAGAGUAAAUGCCAACGAUUCGGCAUGGAGUAUUAGUACAGAUGUCACCAUAGUCAUCAUAGAUAUCAAUGAUAAUAUGCCAAUUUUUUCUCAGUCUCUGUAUUCUGUUACUAUCCCUGAGACUAAAGACCAAGACACUUUUCUCUUAAAAGUCACUGCCAUGGACAGGGACCUUGGGCAAAAUGGCCAAAUUCUAUACUUUAUAGAACCACCAAGUGAGAUGUUCUUUGUUAAUAUAACUACUGGAGAUGUCUCUACAAAACAGUUGAUUAUUUUCAAUAGAUCUGAAUCUCAAAGUUUUAAUUUCACUGUUGUAGCUAUAGAUUGUGGCAAUGUACCUUUGAAUAGCUCAGUAAUAGUCACAGUGAUGUUUGUUCAGUAUAAUUAUUUUCCACCCUCUUUUUUGCCUUUUAUGCUAAAUUUGUCAGUUCCUUUUACCUUGCCUUUGGGAACCGAGGUUCUCCACUUAACAGCCAUAGAUCCAGAUUUUCCAGAAAGGAGCAACAGUGUUGAAUACAAUAUCACUGGUGGAAAUGCAUCAGAUUAUUUUGAGGUAGAACAUUUUACUGGGAAAGUUAGUCUAAAUAGAAGAUUCAGGCAAGGUUUUAGCAGUAUAUUCAAUCUUGUUGUUACAGCAAAAGACAAAGGCUUCCCUCCUCUUUUUUCUCAAAUUGACAUCAUGUUUGAAGUAUCACAAGAAAAUCUGUUCAAGCCACAUUUUUCAGAUAAUCAUGUUUUAUUUUCUGUCCCCGAAAACCUCCCUUCGGGGUCUGUCCUUGGGAAAGUUCAGGCACAAGAUCAAGAUCCUGGUUUGAGUGGAUUACUGUCUUAUUCAAUUGAAGGUGGGAAUAGAGAUGGACUGUUUUAUGUGGAACACCUUUCAGGACUGAUCAAGCUAGCUAAACCGCUUGACUAUGAGCAGGUAGAAAUUCAUCACUUUCUUAUCAGUGCCAAAGAUGGAGCAUGGUUCUCUAAGACUGGGGAAAUCAAUGUGACUAUCAAUGUUACGGAUAUUAACGAUAAUUCACCAGUCUUUACUUCUAGUGAGUACAUGACUUCUGUCUCAGAAAACAGUGUUAUAGGAUCUUCGGUGAUUCAGAUCAUUGCCACUGAUAAAGAUUCUGGAACUAAUGCCGAAGUAGCAUAUUCACUAAUAUCAGGGCACACAGAUUACUUCUCUUUGGAUUCGAUAAAUGGCACUAUAGCCACCCGGGAGAUGUUUGACUUUGAGCAACAGCAAAGUUUUGAACUUACUGUCAAAGCCUUUAACUUAGAUAAUCCAAAUUUAUUUGAUAUAGCACAUGUUACCAUUCAGGUGAUAGAUGUAAAUGAAUAUAUACCUAGUUUCCAGAGGCAUCUUUACAACUUCUCUGUGCUUGAAACUGUUCCUUUGCAAACAGAAAUUGGAAGCGUUGUGGCUAUAGAUUAUGACUUAGGGUUUAAUGGUGAGAUUUAUUAUUUACUUUUUGGUCAAAGUAAAAAAUCAGGCUUUGGGGUUUAUGAAAAAAGUGGAAAAAUAUACACCUCCAAAGACAUGAGAAAUCAAGGACAGAAUCAUGCUGCCCUCCACAUAAUUGCUAAAAACAGAGGGAGCAUUACAGGCUUCAAUAUUGAUGAGGCCCUUGUUCACAUACAUGUAAUUGAUGAAAAUGAUCCUCCAGAGUUUGAUACUAGUCUCUACACAGUACUGGUACGUGAGGAUGCUUUAGUUGGGACUUCUAUAGCCAAAGUAAGUGCCUCCGAUCAAGAUGUGGUUCUAAAAUGGGGCAGGUUUUUCUAUGGUAUAGAGAGUGGAAACGUUAAUAACUCCUUCAGUAUUGAUCCAGUCAAUGGAAUUAUCACAGUAAACAAUGAGUUAGACAGAGAGUUGUGGCCUUUUUAUAACCUCACUGUAAUUGCUAUUGAUGAGGGAUCACCUCCUGUAACAGGCAGCACAUCUGUAGUUGUUGACAUUAUUGACAUCAAUGAUAAUGGCCCUAGACUUACAUUCACAGAUGGAUUCGUUAGGGAAAAUCAGCCACACGGCACAUUAGUGGCAACGUUGACAGCCAUUGAUGAUGAUCUCCCUCCAAAUCAAGGUCCUUUCACAUACUGGCUGAUAAGGCCUGCCUUGAGAAACAGUUUAACACUCACAUCUGAUGGAGUACUCUUCACAUCAAGGCCACUUGACCGUGAAGUCAGCCCUUUUUUUGAUAUACAUGUGGUAAUCCAGGAUGCAGGGUCCCCUCCUUUGUCAUCCACCACUGUGUUUCAUGUUAAAGUUCUAGACGAAAAUGACAAUCCACCAGUUCAAAGAACCAUAAAUAUUUUUGUCAAAUAUUAUGGAACAUUUUUCCAUGGAGGACUGAUUGGUAAUGUGAGACCAGAUGAUCUGGAUGAAUUAGAUGUAUUUAACUGCACUAUUAUAAAUGGACAAAUAAAGAUGUUUAGUUUUCCUUUUGGAAUGUGUGACUUGUGGUCCUCACCAUUCCAAGGAGAGGCAACACACAAUAUCACUGUUGAAGCAAGUGACCAUUUCCACCCACCAGUAAACAACAGCAUCUAUGUAAAUUAUAAAGGCUUCACCAAUUUGUCAUUUGACAAUUGUGUCUUGUUCUAUGUCUCUUUUUCCAAUCUUGAGAACUUUUUAUCACUGAAAUACCUUAAGUUUGCAAAAGCUCUGGAUAGCCUAUUCAAUUUACAAGCAUCUAAGAGUCAUGUAUUCGGAAUGAGGAUACAAGGCAAUGAAACAGUUCUUCUUGCAGCAAUCAAAAGCUACAAUGGACUGUAUCUGAGCGGAACAGUGGCAAGUGGCAUCUCACGCAUGCACAAAAGGUUACUUGAGGUACAAAGCAAUGUGACUAUAACUCAAAUAACCAGUGACCCUUGCUCACUCAAACCCUGCCAAAAUGGGGCCACUUGUAACAAACAUAUACACAUCACUCAAGAUAUUGCUGUUUUGGAGAGUUCCCGUCUCAUAAUUGUAUCUCCACAGUAUGCAGAGGUUUUUAACUGUUCAUGCCCUGCUGGCUUCACUGGAACGAGGUGUGAGCAUGAUAUAGACGAAUGCUUAGAAAACCCUUGUGAAAAUGGAGGCAGCUGCUUUAAUAACCCUGGAGGAUUUCUGUGCCAUUGCUCAGAGGGUUUCUCUGGACUUCACUGUUCUAUUGUUGAUAAUGAGUGUCAAAGAGUAGUGUGUUCAAAUGGUGGGACAUGUUGGAACAUACAAGGAGGAUUUUUCUGUGACUGCAGGCCUGGAUAUGAAGGAAGAUUCUGUGAUUAUAUCAUAGACCACUGUGCAUCAUCCCCUUGCCUUAAUGGCCAAUGUUCCAAUUUUUUAACAGGGUAUGCUUGUCACUGUCCAUUUGGUAUUAGUGGAGUUAACUGUGAAGAGCAUAGUUAUGGCUUUGAGGAGUUGUCCUAUUUGGAAUUCCCUCCUUUGAAUCCUAGAUACAAUUUUAUCUCUCUGGAAUUUGCAACUGUGAAACAGAACUCUUUGCUUUUGUACAAUCCGGGAGAGCUGACAACUUCUGAGUUUCUUGCACUUGAAAUUGUGGAAGGAAGGCUACGUCUCUCUUUUGAUCUCGGGUCAGGUGUAACAAGACUGGAGACAGUCAAACCAGUGGCUGAUGGGAGUUUCCACAAUGUCACUGUUAGAAGAAUUGGAAAUAUAGCCUCUUUGGAGGUUGACAGCUGCAGUGCUGAUGAGCAAAGAGAUUUUUGUUUGUCACAGCAUGAAGGUAUUGGGACCCAGAGGACUCUGGAUGUUAGAAGCAAUUACUUAACAGUGGGAGGUGUAAAGUCUAUUGAUGUAAUUUUGCUGAGGCCCUAUCAAGUGAGAACUCAUAACUUUGUUGGAUGUGUGAGAAAUAUGAAAUUGAACGAUGUUUUACUUGACACUUCAAAGGCACUGGCAUCCUACAAAAUACUUGAGAUCUGUCCACGAGCAGAUGUAGCUCCUUGCAGCAGCAGUAAAUGUCUAAAUGGAGGAGUAUGUCAAGAUUUCUGGUCCCAUUACUACUGCCACUGUGCUGAAAAUUACACAGGAUCUAAUUGUGAUAGCCAUGUCUCAGACGAUCAUGGAUUAUUUCUUAAUGAGGGAUCAUACGUUGAGUUUGUUGUCAAGGAAAGCUAUAUUAGGAACCAGUUGCUUCAAGCUUUUCUGGAUGAGAAAGAUGGAGCUGUUGAAGGUUUCAUCAGUUUUGAGAUCAAAAUGAGGACAAUGAAAAAAGACAGUGUUUUAAUAUUUUGUCAAAGUCAAACAGUGCACCUAGAACUAAAGAUAAUUGAUGGGAAACCUCUGUUUGGGUUCACACAUAUAAUGUCAGGACAGCAGUGGGAGCUUGUUGUGGAGAGUACUGUGUCAGAUGGACAAUGGCAUGUCCUUCUCUUUCGCAGACAUGGACCAAACAUUAUUUUAAUUCUGGAUGAGCAACUUGUUAAGAAUAUCACCCACAGCAUCAUUAGCCAAACUACUGUUUUAUUAGAGAUGAUCACUUUGGGGCCAACAGCAUCUGGUGAUUCAAGCGAUCGCAAUUUGGAUUUUUUAGGGUGUGUGGACUACAUCAAACUGAAUGGAUAUAUCUUACCCUUCAUUGGACACAAUGAGAUAGUAGAGGCAAAACCCAGUCCUUCACUCUUCCAGAAUGACUGUGUGUCUGCAGACCACUGCAUCCUCUCACCUUGCUUUAAGGAAUCCUGCCAGACUCAGUCUUGUCUGAGUAGCAGUGACUGUAUUUCAUCUUCUUCUGAAAAUAGCUGGUGUGUUUGUUUACAGAACGACUCUUCAUCACUGUGCGACCCAUGCGCAUCUCCUGCUGAGUACAAAGAAGAUUGUCUUCAAACCCAGAAACGCCCACCUUUAUGGAUUAUUGCUAUUGUAUUCCCUAUAACUCUCAUACUAAUAAUAUUAAGUCUCUGGGCUGUUCUGAAGAGACGAGGGACAAUUUGGCACAUUAAACCCAGAACCCAACCCUGUAUUACAGCACCAACAAAACAACAUGGCACAGAUAACGUGGCAUUUAGUCCAGAUAAUGGUGAUGGUGGUGUCCAAAAUGUUUCUAAUGAAAACAGCAAGAAACCAGAUCUGAUAGCUGCAGGGGAGUUGAGGCAGCGAGUUGAAAGCUUUAGCCACAGCAAUCUAACAGGUUUUGGGGGAAGUGAGCUAGAGUACUAUGAAAUUGCCAGUACAUACACAACAUGUUUUUCUAAUAGCAAGGCUCAGCAAAUAAGUACAGAAGAUUAUGACAGAUUGGGCUUGAUUGAGAGUUUUGGACCUCCACAUGUUUUUGCAGGCAUGUGUGAAGAAACAAGGAACAUGGACUCUCAUACUUGUUCUGAAUCCUCCGCUAUUAGACAUGGCAUUCCGUUUACUACAAGUAAUUGUGGUCAGUUGUACGAGGGGUAUAGAAACCAUCAACCCCGCCUUCUUUCCAAGCUGACCCCUGAACUUACAGAUCCCCCUCGUUUCCUCUCAGUAGAUGAGGUUAAAAUUCUAAGCAUUCCACAAGGUGAAAGCAAAGUGGGAGAGUGCUCAUCAGAAAGCAAUAGCCACAGCUCCAUUACUUGCUCAGAAAUUGACUGUGAAAAAGAGCUCUGCUUUUUCAGUGCACAGGACAAGAGCCAUGAGCCUGCGAGUGAGGGCUGGUCAAGUGGACAACUCAUACUGUCUGUUCCAUCACCCUUCAGAGAUGUCCGGACCCCUUCAGACACACCUGCCUCUGGGAACAUCUCGCACUGGGAGAGUCUCCUAAACCUAGGAGUCCACUUUAAUACCUAUUCAGAUGUUUUCGAGGACAUAGCGAGCCUCUCUGUCAUUCAACCCCAUGAUUGUGAUAUUCGCAGUGAUGAAGAACAUAUUAUUUAAAAUUAUUACAAUAACUAUCAGCUUUCGGGUUACAGUUACAGAUGCAGUUGCUUAUAAAGGUAUAACUAACACUAUCCAUAUUCUUUCCAUCAACACUAAAAAAUGUUAUUACAAUAAAUAUCAGCUUUUGUGUUACAGUUACAGUUGCUUAUAAUGUGCAAUAUAACACUUCAUAUUCCCUAUAUAAUUUGCUCAGAAAUUAAAGGCCUCAUAUAGUACAUUUUAAGAUGUAAGUGUACUUGAAUGUAGUGUACUGAAUAGAGUCACCAUUAAACACCUUUCCAGUUUAAAAUGUG